AUGGUCGCCGGAUUCCGUCGUUCCCUCUCCCUUCCCGGCCAAAGCCUCGGAUCCAGCCCGACCCGCCGCCGGGGUCACCACCUUCGCUCCACCAGCCUCCCCUGCCUCUCCCACCCCGUCCUCUCCCGCGUCCUCGACCAGAUCCGCUCGUCCUCCGACCACGCGAGCCUCGAUCGGAUCGAGCGCCUCCUCGCCGCCAUCGACGACCUUCUCCGCCUCCCGCACGCCCACGGCGCGCUUCGACGGCGCCCCGCCUGGGCCGACCGUCUUCUCGACGCCUUACUCCUCCUGGCGGACGCCCAUGGUUCCUUCCGCUCCGCGGCAAUCGCCCUCGCCGAUCUGAGUGCGGAGGCCCGAGCCGCGGCCCGGCGGUCCGAUCCCGCGCGGAUCGCCUCCGCCGCCCGCGCCUACCGCCGGACGGAGAAGGAGCUCAUCCGGGUGGCCGCGGCCGUCAAGGGCCUGGCCAGAUCCACGCCUCCGGGGCAGUGGGAGGACGUGGCGGAGGCCGAGGUCGCUGGGAUCCUGACGGAGGCAGUGGCAGCGACAGCCUCCGCAUCGGUCGCGGUGUUCUCUGCGACCGCAUCGGCGGCAGCCGCGGUCGCCGCCGCGAUGUCUAAGAAUUCUAGGCCGUUUUGGCAGAUGAGGAGGAAGGCGUCGAAGAGGGAAAGUGAGACCAUGGAGGAAGUGCCGGUGCCGCCGAUCGAAGGGUUGGAAGAGGGAAGCGGGAGGGUACUAAAGGGCCUGAUCGACAUCAGAGUCUGCCUCCUCAACAUUCUCACUCCGGCUUUGUAA